AUGUCUUCAUUUUAUGAUCUGGCCCCAUUAGAUAAGAAAGGCGAACCUUUUCCUUUCGAACAAUUAAAAGGCAAAGUGGUGUUGAUUGUGAAUGUUGCUUCUAAGUGUGGGUUUACUCCACAAUAUACCGAGUUGGAAAAGCUCUACAAAGACCACAAGGACGAGGGAUUGACUAUUGUCGGAUUUCCCUGUAACCAGUUUGGUCAUCAGGAACCAGGAAAUGAUGAAGAAAUUGGACAGUUUUGCCAGUUGAAUUUUGGUGUAACUUUCCCAAUUCUAAAAAAGAUUGAUGUCAACGGUUCGGAAGCUGAUCCUGUUUACGAAUUUCUCAAGUCAAAAAAGUCUGGUCUCCUCGGAUUCAAAGGUAUUAAGUGGAACUUUGAAAAAUUCUUGAUCGAUAAGCAAGGAAACGUUAUUGAGAGAUAUUCGUCCUUGACUAAGCCCUCAUCGAUCGAGUCCAAGAUUGAAGAACUAUUAAAGAAAUAG